UCGGAGGGUCCUUUUGCGGUUCACACGGAACCAGCGCUAAUGACCGAUGUUUGUUUUGCUACAAUUUGCAGUAUGCCUGCUGAACGCAAGCGCUCAGUAAACAUGGAUGAAAAAGACGUUUGCUCCUUCAGCAACAAGGAAAAAGAGAAGGACAGAGAUGCAGAGAGAAGACCAGCAUCUGCUCGAGACAAAACUAAAGAUGAGGCCAAAAUGAGUGGCAAAAAAGAAAGUGGCAAAGAGGAGAAGAGAAAACGCAUAGAGGAGGAAAAGAAGAAGAAAGAGGAAAAGGAACGUAGAAAGAAGGAGGAGGAAAAACAGAAAGCAGAGGAGGAACAGAAGAAGAAAGAAGAGGAGGAGAAGAGACAGCAGGAGGAGCAGGAGAAGAAGCUGCAAGAGGAGGAGGCCAAAAGACAACGUGAAGAGGAGGCAGCUCUCCUGAAGGAGAAGGAAGAGGGCCAUCAGCUGCACCAGGAAGCCUGGGAGCGCCAUCAGUGCAGGAAAGAACUCCGCAGUAAGAACCAGAACGCCCAAGAGGGUCGGCCCGAAGAGGCUUUCUUCAGCCGUCUGGACUCCAGCCUUAAAAAGAACACUGCCUUUGUCAAGAAGCUGCGUACACUUACUGAACAGCAGCGCGACUCACUCUCCAAUGACUUUGCCUCCCUGAACCUCAGCAAGUAUAUCGGUGAAGCCGUGAGCUCUGUCGUGGAGGCCAAGCUGAAGAUCUCUGAUGUAGGCUGUGCUGUCCAUCUGUGCUCCCUCUUCCACCAGCGGUACGCUGAGUUUGCUCCGUUACUGUUACAAGCGUGGAAGAAGCACUUUGAAGCGAGGAAGGAGGACAAGGCGCCCAACGUUAGCAAGCUGCGCACAGACCUGCGUUUUAUUGCUGAGCUUACCAUUGUUGGCCUCUUCACAGACAAAGAGGGCCUUUCACUUAUUUACGAGCAGCUAAAGAAUAUUAUUGGGACCGACCGCGAGACGCACACUCAUGUGUCAGUGGUAAUCAGCUUCUGCAAGCACUGUGGGGAUGACAUUGCCGGUCUGGUGCCGCGCAAGGUGAAACUGGCUGCUGAGAAAUUCAGCUUGACCUUCCCUCCGAGCGAGAUAAUCAGCACAGAGAAACAGCAGCCCUUCCAGAACCUGCUCCGGGAGUACUUCACAUCACUCACAAAACACCUGAAGAAGGACCACCGGGAGCUGCAGAACACUGAGAGGCAGAACAGGCGUAUCCUACAUUCCAAAGGGGAGCUGAGUGAAGACAGACACAAGCAGUAUGAAGAGUUUGCCACUUCCUACCAGAAGCUGCUGGCCAACACUCAGUCUCUAGCUGAUCUGCUUGAUGAAAACAUGCCAGAGCUGCCUCAGGACAAGACUGUGCAGGAGGAACACGGCCCCGGCAUUGAUAUUUUCACUCCUGGUAAGCCCGGAGAGUAUGACCUGGAGGGGGGGAUCUGGGAGGAUGAAGACGCUCGUAACUUCUAUGAGAACUUGGUGGACCUGAAGGCCUUCGUCCCUGCCAUCCUCUUCAAGGACAAUGAGAAGAGCGGCCAGGGCAAAGACAAGGAUGAUGCCAGAGAUGGCAGAGAGGGGAAGGACGUGGCCAGCACCACAGAGGAACUGGAGCUGGAGCUGGAGGCUCUGGACAUCACAGAUGAACCUCUUGAACUGGAGGGACCAGACGAGGCAGAAAAUGAGGAACUGGCCAAAAAACUGCUGGAUGAACAAGAACAAGAGGAUGAAGAGGCCAACACAGGAUCCCACUUGAAGCUAAUCGUGGACGCCUUCAUCCAGCAGCUCCCCAACUGUGUCAACAGAGACCUCAUAGACAAGGCUGCCAUGGACUUCUGCAUGAACAUGAACACCAAAUCUAACAGGAGGAAGCUUGUCCGAGCCCUCUUCACUGUCCCCAGGCAGAGGUUGGAUCUUCUGCCCUUCUACUCUCGCCUGGUGGCGACUCUUCAUCCCUGCAUGUCAGACGUGGCUGAGGACCUCUGCUCCAUGCUAAAGGGAGACUUCAGGUUCCAUAUUCGGAAGAAGGACCAGAUCAACAUCGAGACAAAAAAUAAAACUGUGAGAUUCAUCGGGGAGCUGGCCAAGUUCAAGAUGUUCUCAAAAACGGACACGCUUCAUUGUCUCAAGAUGCUGCUGUCUGAUUUCACCCAUCAUCAUAUCGAGAUGGCCUGCACACUGCUGGAGACCUGCGGCCGCUUCCUCUUCAGGUCCCCCGACUCUCACCUGCGUACCAGCGUCUUGCUGGAGCAAAUGAUGCGUAAAAAGCAGGCACAGCAUCUCGAUGCCCGCUACGUCACGAUGGUGGAGAAUGCCUACUACUACUGCAACCCUCCACCCGUGGAGAAGACCGUGAAGAAGAAGCGGCCACCGCUGCAGGAGUACAUCCGCAAGUUGCUCUACAAGGACCUGUCCAAGGUCACCACCGAAAAGGUGCUGAGGCAGACGCGCAAGCUGCCCUGGCAGGACCCCGAGGUCAAGAGCUACCUGAUCUGCUGCAUGGUCAACAUCUGGAACGUCAAAUACAACAGCAUCCACUGCGUGGCCAGCCUGCUGGCCGGCCUGGUGAUCUACCAGGAGGACGUGGGCAUUCAUGUGGUGGACGGAGUAUUAGAAGACAUCCGGCUGGGCAUGGAGGUCAACCAGCCCAAGUUCAACCAGCGGCGGAUCAGCAGCGCCAAGUUCCUGGGCGAGCUCUACAACUACCGCAUGGUGGAGUCGGCCGUCAUCUUCCGCACCCUCUUCUCCUUCAUCUAUUUCGGGAUCAAUCAGGACGGCAGCCCCAGCUCGCUGGACCCUCCAGAGCACCUGUUCCGCAUCCGCCUGGUGUGCACCCUGCUGGAUACCUGCGGCCAGUACUUUGAGCGGGGCUCCAGCAAGAGGAAGCUGGACUGCUUCCUCAUCUACUUCCAGCGGUACAUCUGGUGGAAAAAGAGCAUUGAUGUUUGGACCAAGGACCACCCGUUCCCCAUCGACAUCGAUUACAUGAUCAGCGACACCCUGGAACUGCUCAGGCCCAAGCUGAGGCUCUGCUGCUCCCUGGAGGAGGCCACGAAGCAGGUCACCGACCUGGAGAGGGAGGUGCUUGUCAAACUAGGCCUGGCCAUGGAGAAGGACGGCCGCUCUAGUGCCAUGAGUGAGGGGGAGGGUCUCGAUGAGGAGGACGACGAUGGCGAUGACGACGAAGAGGGCGGCGCCGAGACCGAGGAGCAGUCGGGCAAUGAGAGUGAAAUGAACGAGCAGGAGGAGGAUGAAGGGUCUGAGAACGAAGAAGAGGAGAGGGAGGAAGAUGAGGAAGAGAACACCGACUAUCUGACCGACUCCAAUAAAGAAAAUGAGACCGAUGAGGAGAACAAUGAGGUUACCAUCCGUGGCGGCGGACUGAAGCAUGUGGCCUGUGCUGAGGAUGAGGACUUCAUUCAGGCUCUGGAUAAGAUGAUGCUGGAGAACCUGCAGCAGCGUAGCGGCGAGACUGUGAAGGUGCACCAGCUGGACGUGGCCAUUCCCCUGCAGCUGAAGAGUCAGCUGAAGAAGGGAGGCUCCGGGCAGCCGUGCCUCAGCGAGGGCGACGCCGACAUUUCUGACACCAUGCAGUUCGUUAUGCUGACACGCAAAGGCAACAAGCAGCAGUAUAAGAUCCUGAACGUGCCGCUGUCAUCCCACCUGGCGGCGAACCACUUCAACCAGCAGCAGGCCGAACAGGAGGAGCGCAUGAGGAUGAAGAAACUCACGCUGGACAUCAACGAGAGACAGGAGCAGGAGGACUACCAGGAGAUGAUGCAGUCCCUCGCCCAGCGCCCGGCUCCGGCCAACACCAACCGGGAGCGUCGGCCUCGCUACCAGCACCCGAAAGGCGCUCCCAACGCCGACCUCAUCUUCAAGACCGGAGGAAGGAGACGCUGAUUGGAGUCUGGGCCCAGGCUGAACGAACGAACGAGCGAGCGAGCGAGCAAGAGAGCGAAUGAACGAGUGAGAGAGCGAGAAAGAGAAGAUCGGAGGGGAAAACCGGUCUAAACAGGGAACGAGUCCUCCAGAUGCCCACCGACGCCGGGACAGACCAAACCCCUGACCCGAACACACACUCUUACCCUACCGAGGGGCCCGAAGCCCGAGGAGGAGAGGCAAAACCAGGAGCUGGGGUCAGAGGUCAGGGGUCAGAGAGAUGGCUCUCUUUCUUUUUUGUCUGUUGCCUGAGAUGACAAAAAAAAACAACUGUCUGGAUCAGAGAACUACAAAGACGACUGAACACCCGACCGGCCGACUGAUGGCGUGACAGACAGGAAGGCGGGAUGAACGCAUCACCUCCCACUGAGGAAAAAGAGACUCGAAUUUAGGAGUUAAACCUGCGAGUGGACAACAUUAACACGAGACUAGCGAGAGAUGUGGAUAUUUUUGUUUUUAGACUCUUAUAAUAAACCCGGGAACACGUCUGUUCGCUGUAACUUUCUCCUGAAACAGCUCGCUGUCGCCAAGGCAACGCUAAGACGGAGAUGAAGGGCAGGACGGCGGCAGGCAGGUUGUAACGCUUCACAAACUGUUCGCGCGGUGAUGCAGAAGACGGCGCGAUGCUUUGUGCACACAGACGAACUAUGUGGCUGAGAAGGACGAAAAGAGUCUGAAAAGGUGGGAAAGUGUCUGAGGGUGGUCCGCAGAGGGCUGUGUCACUGCGGGUCUGCUGGUUCAUGGCACUUACUAUGUGUUUCACUGUCAUCUACCGCCUCUCACCAGCAUUUAAUUACUUUGUAGUACUCUAUUUUACAGGUCUGUAAACUUCCCAAGAAAGAAUGACAUAAUUUGGCGCUAAUUAAAGAGGAAAUAGACGAUGUUAAAAGGAAAAUACCGAACAUUCAGUACUUGUAGCUUCUCUGUCGUGAUCCUUUGCCGCUUUUCCGUUUCAUAUUAUCGUAAGAUGAAUAAACCAGCAACGUGAAGACCUCAUCUUGGGCUCUACGAAGCUGUGAGGAGCAUUUUUUUUUUACUCUUUCAUUAGGUUUGUUAGACCGAACGAUUCAGCCGAUAAUGAAAAUGAUCGUUGAGCUGAUGCGCAGCUGUUGACUUCCAGAGGAAGUCUCCUUUUCUUUACAGUUACAACCAAAUAGCAUCAUCCCUCCCAGGAGAUAAAUACAUCCAGAAAAGAAUAGCACGCUGGUAUGUGCCACUGCUGUGAUGAUAUGUCCACUACACGCAUGUGGUACCUCUUCAAAAAAUGGCGUAUUAACGUAAUGUGCGUUGGGAUGCAGCAUCAAUAGGUCCAGCAGCAGCUCUGGCUGUCAGAUCUCACAUGAACUGACAUGCGGCCAUUCUCUAUCUGGCUGAGUCGGAUGAGAAGAUAAGUGACAGGCUGUGCGUAAACCAGCAGGACGGCGGCUGCAUACUGGAAACCAGCAGCGACACACACCUCUGAAUCAACACACGCCAUCAGACACUUUUCAUUCAGACUCCUGGACGAUCUGGAGGCGCGACGGCAUCAUGUGACCCGAUCACUGAUGGACACCUGAGUGUAAAUAUUCUUCAUCAGAUUCUUCAUUUUCCUGCUAGAUGUUUGUUUUUUCCAGGAUCAGGAGACUCUUCAAUUUAGUUUUGACGGCUUGCUUUGAUUUGGAUCAGUGAAGUGUAGCUUUUCUUUUUUCUUUUUUUUUUGGCUAACUGUGCCUGAGAGUCUUCUUUAGUGAUGACACUGACUAUAUUAGAUUAAUUUUACCUGUUGAGCCUGUACAUGGAUAAAUAUACUCUGUAUUCUGCU